AUGGUGGUGACCAUAAUUUCGGAUAAAGGAAAUUCUACACAAACAUUACUUUUUGUACUCGUUUAUAAAAUAAAAGUCAAACUGGCACCCUUAGUUCCUGCAUCGACGUUAGCGUCGUCGACAAAUUACAACUCCUCAUUUUCGUUAUUACACGACUCCACAGCAGCCUCAAUACCACCCAUAUCGAGUAAUAAUAAUUAUAGCACCUCACAUUUUACUUCCAGUCGAUGGGCUCGACGAUUUCAACCUCAGCAGCAAAACUUAAGAGAACACGACUUAAUAUUUAACAGAAUGGUUCCUACCGGGAAUGGUGCCUCUUUGGGUGAAAAUGAUAUUUCUGAGGGUGGCGAUAAUUAUAAUAGUAAUGUUAACGAAAUCGGAAAUAAUAUGAAUGAUUAUGCAAUAACGACGCCGACGACGACAACACAAUCCACUGAUAAUUCUAUCCCAAGCAUGCAUCACCACUUCAGAAGUAAACCUGUGUGUAAACUAUAUUGUGCUCAUUGUAACACGAGGGUUUGUGUAAGAGGCAUGAAGGCAAUGCUCCUCGCCGAUACUCGAAUUGAACUUUUCUCAACAGAUGUUCCACCAAUAUCAGUUCAAUUAGUUGCGGAAGAUUACAUCACUCAAAACUGUCAUUGCAAAAUUCGAGAUGUCGCCUGUCUUAUUUGUGGGAACAUACUUGGAUAUCACAUCACACAACCAUGUCAACAAUGCAUGGAAGCAUGUAAUAAUGGACAUUUCUGGAUGUUUCACACCGAAGCUGUUACAAGUGAGGAAAGAAUGGAUGCUUUAGGCCGAAGAAUUUUAUUAUGGGCUCACCUACCUCGUGCAGAACAAGAUUUUGAAGUGGUAGAUUCCGAUGAUGAUGAAUACGCUCGCAUCGAAUAUGAUGAGAUUUGCUAUCG